AUCAUUUUCAUUGAGAAAAAUACUUACAAAUUUGCAUUUGCAAAUAUCAGUGUCUAAACUGUUCAGAGAGAGCGAAGGUAGAGAUGUCAUCGGUAGUGGGGUUUGCUUCUCAGGAAAGCAAUAGUUCAGAAGACGGAAACGAACAGCUCGAUUUGCUUAAUAUUCCGGAUCCAACGGUUACGAAUCUUCUCUCAUUUCCAAUUCAGGCCUUUCUGAAAGCGGCGGUUUCCCUCAAAGACCAGGUGGUACAAGUCACGUGGGAAGGAUGGUGUGAAGAACAGGGGAGUAGUACGGACCCAACCGCAUUCACGGGUUUGCUCGGGACAGCUUUCACAUGCUUGCGGUCCUACGAGGCCACCAGUAGUCAGCGGGAUUUGCUAUUGUGCGCCGAGGUCGUCGACAUUUGUGCUUCCAUUGCACGCAACUCCACCAGACACGUGACAUUUUUGUGCGGUAAAGGAGGAGUAUAUGCGCUUGGUGCAGUGGUAGCUAAUCUGAAGGGGGACCAUCAGAAGCGUGACCUGUUUCUGGAUCUCUUCCUUGAG